CUGGAAGGCGCGAGUGUCAGGUAGAGAGUGUGGACCUCAGACUAAACGUAUACCAAAAGUCAAAAUAAUGAAUCAGAAAUUAUAAUCAUUCGUGAAAAUACUGUAAUAACAAUAAGAUAUCUUAAAGAAAAGCUCAUAAUUUCUUAAAAACAAACAGUACAAAGGUCUGCAUAAUCAGGAAAGCAGGAGAUAUGGAGCUUAUAUCGAAUUCAGCUCAUUCUCAAACAUUUUGGACUUAUUUAGUGUUUUUAUUCAUUGAAUUAAUUUAUACAAAAGGUGCAGAAUCAGCAUCUUCUAAAGCUGAAGUUGAAAGACAUUUAGAGCUAGGAAGAGAUUUCCUUGCUAGAGGACAACUGCAAGAUGCACUGACACAUUAUCAUGCUGCUGUUGAAGGCGAUAGCCGCAAUUAUUUAACAUUCUUCAAAAGGGGAACUGUUUAUUUGGCACUUGGUAAAGCUAGACUUGCCAUUAGUGACUUGGAUCGUGCGUUGGAACUUAAACCAGACUUCACGACAGCAAGAGCACAAAGAGGGAGUGUCUAUUUAAAAAUGGGUGACUUCAAUAAAGCUGAAAUUGAUCUUUAUAGCGCUCUUCAAGAAGAUCCUUACAAUGAAGAGACAAACUAUCUUUAUCAAAGAAUCAAUCCAGCUCGUGAACAACUAGACUUAGUUCAUGAUGUGAUGAAAAACCGAGAUUAUCAAACAGCAAUUACAUUAUUAACACAAUUACUUGAAAUAUCCCCAUGGUGCCCAGAAGUUCGAGAACUUAGAGCUCAAUCACAUUUGUUUAUGGGUGAUCGAUUAUCAGCAGUUUCUGACUUUCGCUCAGUCAAUCGAUUAAUGCAAGAUGGUUCGGAUGAUCUCACAAGUCACAUUUUCAAACUUUCAAAACUUCUUUAUGAGAUUGGACAUGCUGCUGAUGCUUUGAAAGAAAUUCGUGAAUGUUUGAAGCUUGAUCCCGAACAUAAGCUUUGUUUCCCAUUCUAUAAGAAGAUUAAAAAGAUUGAUAAAUUCAUAGGCGAUGCUCAAAUGUAUCAAGAGAAUAAUGAAUAUGAAAAUUGUAUCUCGUCAGCUGAGAAAGUUCUUAAAAAUGAAAAAGAGGUUCAAAUGAUAAUCUUCGGUGCCAAUCAACUUCUUUGUAGCUGUAGUGUGAAGAAUGAUAAAUAUUCUGAUGCCAUCACUUAUUGUAAUGCGGCCUUGAAAAUCGAUAAAGAUCCACACACACUUUGCGAUCUCGCUGAAGCACUCAUAGGUGAAGAAAUGUACGAUGACGCUAUUAGAAGCUAUCAAGAAGCUAUGGAAAUAGAUGAUCAUUUGCAAAGAGCAAAGGAAGGUGUCGAGAGAGCGAAAAGACUGCAAAAACAAGCUGAAAAACGAGAUUAUUACAAAAUUCUUGGCGUAACUCGAUCAGCAACUAAACAAGAGAUUGUCAAAGCUUAUAGAAAGAUGGCACAGAAAUGGCAUCCAGAUAACUUUGCAACUAAUGAGAGUGAAAAGAAAAUCGCUGAGAAGAAGUUUAUUGAUAUUGCUGCAGCAAAAGAAGUUCUCACCGAUCCAGAGAAACGUGCACAAUUUGACAAUGGUGAAGAUCCACUUGAUCCUGAAGGAAAAGCAAACGGAUUCAGACAUGGCAAUCCCUUCCAGCACUUCCAACAUCAUGGAUCUCCUUUCCAAUUCAAAUUUCACUUCUCGUGAAAUGAUUUCUUUCAUAACAUGUUUGCCUUUGUUAAAUAAAUUUCUAAUUGAUUUCAAAUCUCUGUUGUAAUAAUAUUAAUGGAAAAAAUAGUCAAUUGUGAUGAAAGAUUUUAUUAUUUCUUAAGUAGAAUCUUAUUACAUUCAACGGAUGAUUUGCUUGCUCGUUGACAUUUCUUCAUUUCAUUUGCUAAUUUUAAAUUUCUUUUUUCUUGAAAUACUGUAAAUAAAUUGAAAAUAUUAAAUUAAACGAGAAGAAUGU